CUUAUCAGCUUUGGGGGGGUUAUCACGGCACUACAGUGUGUUCCCGAUGAGAAAUGUGUUGACAAUUCUGAAGAGCUUUAUUUGCCGCUGACCGCACCGGAGAGCUCUUUAGAAUUUCCUCGAUUUCCUUAUCGUGGCUAUAUUAGGACCAUCACUUGCCACCUGCCCGGCAGUCGUUCUUCGCGAGACCAACGAGAAUAUGAGGUUUAUUUUAUUGUCCCUGGUGGUGGCUUCAUCCUGCUGCCUCUGGGAUGCCGUGUCCAGCUGCACCAGCAUCGAGCAGCGCUACAAGUUCCCGAAUACCAAUAUCUACGUGCGACUGCGCCGCGGUGACAAGUUGCAGUACGAGCUGAUGAAGGGGGAUAAGACCCUGCAAACGGUCACCUUCGAUAACUUUGAGACGAGCGCAAAUCUGGUGGCGACGGACAGUGGUGGUUACACCCUCACCGAUGGCACCACCACCGUGCAGUUUACGCUGGUCAAGAACGGUGUGGUCUCCGGCACGGGCAGUGACAUCACCCAUGUGCAAGUUUCCCGUGACCAGGUGCUGAAGGGCACCCAGCCCAGGGAUUGUUUCCCUCUGGGAACGGGAUCCACGCACUGGUUCAGUGGCCCGGAGCAGAAGCAGCACUACUGGCCCGUGGAACGACAGGUGCACAGCAACUACUCCUACCUGCCUAAAGAGCUGGACAACUUUGGAGUGGGCGAGCGGUACUGGCUGAACAGCGCCGGUGCCUUCUUGUACGUGGAAAGCAACACGCCGCUCUUCCUUGACCAGAACACAGCGGCCUAUCCGGGCCAGCUCUGCCUGAGUGCCACCAGUGAGCUGCCCUACGAUCCCCGAGUGACCGCUGGCAAGUUCGUCUACCAUGUGGCCGUGGCCAAGGACGCGAAGGCGGCGCACAAGUAUGCCGUGAAAACCUUCCUGGGACAACCCACGGGCUUCCCGGAUGAGCGUAUGGUCAGGCAUCCAGUGUGGUCCACUUGGGCGCUCUACAAGGCGGAGGUCUCCGAUGAUGUGGUCAGGGAUUUUGCCAAGCAGAUCCUAGACAAUGGUUUCAAUAAUAGUCAGCUGGAGAUCGAUGAUGAUUGGGAGGACUGUUACGGCGCCCUGACCUUCAGGAAAAACAAAUUCCCAGACAGCAAAACCCUUACGGACGACCUCAAGGCGCUGGGCUUCCGAGUGACCUUGUGGAUUCAUCCAUUUAUCAACAACAACUGCACGGCCAUUUACGACGAGGCCAAGUCUCUGGGCUACCUGGUGCUGGAUCAUGAGGGCAGCUCCGACACCCAGUGGUGGAACAGCAAGCCCAAGGAUGCAGCCAUUUUGGACUUCACCAAAACUGAAGUACAGGAAUGGUUUGCCAAGCGCCUGAAGCGCCUGCAGGAUGAGGAUGGCAUUGAUAGCUUCAAGUUUGAUGCCGGAGAGACCAGUUGGUUGCCCAGUGAUCCCGUGCUGCAGGCCAGCAGCUCUAUGGUGACUCCCCUACAGGCUGUGGGCGAUUAUGUGCGCACUGUUGCCGCCUUCGGUGACAUGGUGGAGGUGCGAUCGGCACAGAACACCCAGGAGCUACCCAUUUUCGUGCGCAUUGUUGACAAAGACUCCGAGUGGGGCUGGAACAAUGGAUUGCUCACGCUGAUCUCGUCGAUGCUGCAGAUGAACCUCAACGGAUAUCCCUUCGUCCUGCCAGAUAUGAUUGGAGGCAAUGGCUACUACGAGAAGCCACCGACCAAGGAGCUUUUCCUGCGCUGGCUGCAAGCCAACGUCUUUAUGCCCGCCCUUCAGUUCUCCUUCGUGCCCUGGAACUUCGAUGCUGAGGCCAUUACCAUAAGCAAAAACUUCACCGACCUGCAUGCCAACUACACUCCUUAUAUAAUGAAGCUCUUCCAGCGAGCUGUGGACUCCGGAGAGCCGGUGAAUGCUCCACUCUGGUGGAUCUCUCCCACCGACGAGGUGGCGCAGUCCAUCUACGAUGAGUUCCUGCUGGGCGACGAUAUCAUCGCAGCUCCUAUUGUAGUGGAGGGAGCCACCAAGCGUGACAUUUAUCUGCCGGAGGGCGAGUGGAAGGACGGCAAUAGCGACCAGGUCUACAGUGGACCCACCUGGGUGAUGGACUACCCAGCUGCGUUGGACACUUUGCCCUACUUUGUGCGCGUGGGCUUCCAGUUGGAAUAGAGCUAAAGCCA